UAGCUUCAUCUUAUAUGUAAAUUACUUGCUCCUUCUUAACUUGCUUUUAUAUACUUUUAUUUAUUUAUAUAUUCCAUAAGCACACUUACUUUACAUUAAGUUUAUAUCUUGUUUAUUAAACUACUUUUUUCAAAAAAAAAGAUGCUUCAAAAUAACAGAAAUAAAAAGUCAUCUAUUUCUUUACAUCCUCCUUGCUCAAAUUCCUCAACUAGAGGUACUGUUGGCAGUCCUAAAUUAACUGGAAGACGUUCUUUUUUAGAAAAAGGGACAAACGUUCAAGUUAUGCUUCGCUUCAAAGGAAGUAGCUCAGUAAAAAAACUCUCAUCAAAAUCAUCAAUAUUAGAAACUGUUGAUUCUAAUGCAGAAGAUAAAGUUUUGUUUACUCCAAAUAACACGAUCUAUAAUUUUGAUCGCGUUUUUAAAGAAGAAGCUACACAACAAGGUGUUUACAAUGCUGUUGCAGCACCCAUAUUGUCUGAUGUUUUAAAUGGCUAUAGUUGUACUAUCUUUGCUUAUGGUCAAACUGGUACUGGUAAAACCUAUACUAUGGAGGGUGAUCUUGGUGAUUCUGAUGAAUACCAUGAAAAAAAUGCUGGUAUUAUCCCACGUACUAUUCAAAACUUAUUCCAAAGACUUGGAACUCUUGGUCAAGAAAGUCACGUUAUGGUUUCUAUGUUAGAAUUAUAUAACGAAGAACUUCGUGAUUUGUUAUGUGCUUCUGAUGAACACAAAGCCUUAAAUAUUUUUGAAGACGGAACUGGUGUUAGAGUUCAAAACAUAAAAGAACACUUAAUUUCUUCCGCUUCACAAGGUUUAACUAUAUUGAAAUCAGGUAUUAAGAAAAGAAUGACAGCAGCAACAAACUGUAAUGAAAAGUCAAGCCGUUCGCAUUCUAUAUUUACUAUAACAGUUUAUAUGAAGUGUGAAGAAAGUAAUUCAUUCAGAAUAGGCAAACUUAACCUUGUUGAUUUAGCAGGCUCUGAGAAUAGUAAGAGCUCGGGAUCUGAAAACCUUCGUGCUCGUGAAGCAGCCUCUAUUAAUCGUAGCUUGUUGACUUUAGGACGUGUCAUUAACGGACUCGUUGAUAAAACCCCUCAUAUCCCCUAUCGUGAGAGUAAAUUAACGCGUUUAUUGAAGGAUUCCCUUGGAGGCCAGAUGAAGACUUGUAUUAUUGCCACUGUUUCACCUGCAAAUCAAACUCAAGAAGAAGUUCGUAGUACAUUAGACUAUGCUAGUCAUGCUAAAGGCAUAUGUAAUCGUCCUCAAGCAAAUAGUCCAAUAAGCCACGAACGACACGUUCAUGUGCUUGUCAAAACAAUAGAGCAACUUCAAGAGGAACUUCGCGUUAAUUAUGAAAAAUCAGGUGUAUACCAAACAAAAAAAGCAUAUGACGCGACUAGAAUGGAGAUGCAAGAAAUGAAAGACACAAUUAAAGCUCUACAAAUAACAAAUGAAGAACUUCAACAGGCAGAGCGUUAUGUAAAGCAAGAAACUUCUCAUGCUUUAGAACAAAUGGAAGCAAAGCUCAAAGCUGCUGAAGAAUCAUUAGCUGCUGAAAGACAGGAGAAAGAAGCAUUAGCUGCUCAACUUCAAAUAAGCGAAGAAAAACUUGAAGAAAUUAAAAAAGAAACAAAUCGUCUUCAUUUGGAACAAGAAAGCAAAAAUCAUAAAAUAAGACAAUUUGAAAUGCAAGAAGUGCAAUGGUCUAACAAAAUGAAAGAUGUUUUACAAAAAUAUAAAGAAUCAGUUAAUUUAGUGAAAAGCUUCAAGAACCAAAUAAUGCAGGCUGCUAAUACUGGCUGGGACUUACUUAUACAACAAAUGAAAGAUAAUUCUGAUAAAGUGAUUUCCAUAACAGAAAUUGAGCCACUUUCUAACGCGUCUACGGACAUACCUGAAGUGUCUACUAUGCUCACAACAGAAACCUAUUCAUCACAGCCAGCAACCAUAACUGAAGCAGCAACAAUUGUAACAGGCUCUUCAUCACACCAAACAUCAUCACGACCAGCAUCAUCACAACAACAACAACCGCCAUCCCAACCAACACCACCACCACAAUCAUCACAACGAACAACAUCAAAACGGGCAACAACCUCCUCGUCCCAAUUACCGAUACCAACAAAAGCAAAUACACUCCUUCAAGCUUUAUCAUCUACAUCCGCCUCACCAAACGCUCGAUCACCUUUAAAUGCAGGUGCAUCGAAGCGUAAAUUAAUGAAUCGUUCUGAUGGCGAAACAUCGCUUCAAAGAACAAAAAAAAGAAAGCAAAGUAACAUCAUUCCUUAGACUUUGCUUUCUUUUUUUUACAGAACGAUUCAAAAAAUGUAAAAAAAAGGAAGAACCGAUACUAUUUUUCUUCCUUUUUUUUACAUUUUGUUACAAUUAAUGAUACCAUUUAUACCCAAAAACAUGUAAAUAAACAAAUAGCCGAAUAACGUGCUAUUUGUU